AUGCGGGAAAUUGUAGCUGCAAUCUACACUCGCCCCAGAGCGGCACAGGGCCAUCUUAAAAAAUCUGCCUUUAUAGAGAUGCAGAGAAAUGGUGCCCGGAGGCCGCUACUUUCGCAUCUGCGUCGCUUCUGCCUCCGCCGACACAGCCUCUUUUCCCCUCCCCCACGGGUGGGGCGGCAGCGGCGGCCUCCCCGUUCCCGGGGAACCGGGAAUAAGAGCCGCAAGAGUCGGGGACGCGAGUGGGGGGCUCCGCACCCGAAAACAUCCUCUCCGGCAAGCCCACUCCCCCUCAUCCCGUCCGAAGCCUCCCUCAGCGUGCCUUUGGGAGCCGCUGCGUCCCCUUACCCAGCUCGCCACCUCAUCCCCAACCAACCCCGGCCCCACCUGUGCCCUCGGAGCCCUCCGUCCGCAAGACGCGCGCCGGUCACCUCCCUGCCCACGCGGCCUCCCAUCCCUCACCUGAGAGGAAAGGCUCGGCUUCUCUCACGCAUACACCAGCAGCGUAGGCAGCCGGCAAGAACAAUGUCUCUCUCGGCCUCCACACCUCCGACACCGGGGCUCACGCACAGAACGGUUGCCGCGAGCCGCGGCGGGCGACGGGAAUGUCCCCUUCCGACCACCACACCGGCCGCCCCUCCCGGCCCCCGUACACACCUCCAACCAACAGCGGCGGCGGGUACGUCGCGCGGAGGUCAGCGGGAGAGUCGCCGAGGACCGGCUGCAGCGGGUUCUUCUCACUCGCCGCCCCCUCCCUCUGACAAAUCUCAAGCCAAGGAAGCCGGAGAGCCGAGAGCUGGUUCUCCUCACAACCACCUCUUCCCGGGCACCAGGCGCUGCGGCGAGCGACAAGGAACACGGACGUCCCGCCCCCUUUGCCGCCGCCCCCUCUUAUUGUUUUACCCCUGCCGAAAGGGCUGGGGAACCCCCCAGCACGGCUUCAGCCAAUCACGCAUCUCCUCCGCGAGCUGGACCCAACCUUCUCGCGUCCCUCUGCGGAGCACGCGCAGAACGCCGCCUCGCUCACGUACUCUCGCGCCCGGAAAGCCGGGGAACCGGAACCGGCCUGAAGCCGGGGCGAGAGUCCGCUGA